AACUACCGAUGACCCUGAUGUUACAACAGCGGGGUGGUGGGACACAACAACAGACAUGCAUGUUGAAGGAGCUCCUGGAAUGCCAGGCAUUACAGAGCUUACCCCGCAUCAGGAAGACAGUGGCACUCCUGGUCUAACAGUAUCAUGGCAACCUCCUUCCUCGCCUCCAUGCCAGCCUACGCAUUAUGAAAUCAAAUACUAUGUUCUCCAAGGCGAUAUGUGUGAGGAUAACUCGAGGGAUCGUAUAAUGACUUCAGCAGGGACCGUCAAUGGUGCAACUUUCACCUUCAAUGUCCUGGAGUUGCGUCCCAACUCUGAGUACAGGGUGUUCGUGAGAGGCAGAACCAGUAGCGGUUAUGGUGAUUCGGAUUCCCAAUCAGCUACUACAGGAUAUUCAUAUCCUACUGGUCCUCCAACUAAUAUCCAGUCCGCUUCCAAGAAGAAACGUAGUAUUGUCUUCACUUGGGAUAAACCAGAAUGCGGUAAUCGGAAUGGACCAAUCACAAGCUACGAAGUUAUGCUCUCCAAUUCUACAGGAGACAUGGUUUAUCAUGGUAAUGUGUCAACUGGCGCAGCUAGCGCAGGAUAUGAGAUAUCGGACCUCAUCCCCUACUCGAAUUACAGUAUUAGGAUCAGAGCUUGGAACUAUGAACUAGCAGGGGAGUAUGGUCCAGCAAUUUGGAAACAGACAGGUGAAGCAAAGCCGGCGCCACCAAUCGGAGUAAAUCUGCCAUCUUCCGACCAGGAGAGCAUCACAGUAGAAUGGAUGUCACCCAACCCUCCUCUGGGCAGGAUAAUAGGUUACUACAUUCUCUACUGGGAGACGUUUGGUAAUAGUUCCACGCCCAGAAACGUCAGCUUCUCGUGUCAGGACGGGUUAUGCUUUGACAUUAACUACAGGUUUUCCAGAGUUAUUCCUGAUCUCCGGCCGGACACGAAUUAUUCCGUUCAGGUCAAUGCGGAGACCAUUCGUGGUGUUGGUGACUCAAGCCCGGACCAACCCGUUGUCAGGAUUACAUCAGAAGGAAUUUCAAGUGCAUCCGUUUCUUCAUCUGGGAAUCAGCUACGAGUUAGGUGGAGUGUUCCGUCUCAAUGCGAUGUGGAUUACUACAGAUUAUCAUAUCAACUCAUCUCACGUAAGGCAUGUCAAGAUGUUUCUGUAAUAGAUGCUCCAGUCUACGAACUCAACGUCACAUCAAGUUUCGCAUAUGUCUCCAAAUCCAUUUCAAACUUGGAAUAUUACGCCACUUAUAACAUCUCCAUCAUAGCUGUGAUAAGGAGAGCAGAGAGUCUACCUAUGAAUGUUAGGGGAGACACACGAGAUGGAGACCCCUCUGCUAUCGAGUCAGUGUCGUACACCUCUACUGCCCAUGCCUUGCGCUUUGUGUGGGUGGAACCCUCUUGUGAAAGCCGACAUGGUGUUUUUGACCGCUACGAAUACGACCUAUAUGAUCCUACUGGUGGGGGUAGAUAUGUCCGGUAUCCAACGACCAUACGCAGAAACUAUGUACUAAUACCUGGUCUUGAUGCUUGCACAGAAUAUCGCUUCAGAAUAAGAGUAGUUAAUACCCCACUGAGAAGGAGUGAAUGGCACAUGGAAAUGGCAUCGACUAAUAUAUCAGCUCCUGGAAUGCCAGUUAUUACAGGGCUUACCCCGCAUCAAGAAGACAGUGUCACUACUGGUCUAACAGUAUCAUGGCAACCUCCUUCCUCACCUCCAUGCCAGCCUACGCAUUAUGAAAUCAAGUACUAUGUGCUUCAAGGCGAUAUGUGUGAGGAUACCCCAAGCGUUCCUAGAAGGAAUUUAACAGGGACCGUCAAUGGUUCAACUUUCACCUUCAAUGUCCUGGAGUUGCCUCCCAACUCUGAGUACAUGGUGUUCGUGAGGGGCAGAACCAGUAGCGGUUAUGGUGAUUCGGAUUCCCAAUCAGCUACUACAGGAUAUUCAUAUCCUACUGGUCCUCCAACUAAUAUUCAGUCCACUUCAAUCAAGAAACGCAGUAUUGUCUUCUCUUGGGAGAAACCAGAAUGUAGUGAUCGGAAUGGACCAAUCUCAAGCUACGAAGUUAUGCUCUCCAAUUCUACAGGAGACGUGGUUUAUCAUGGUAAUGCCUCAGCUAGCGCAGGACCUGAGCUAUUUGAGAUAUUUGACCUCAUCCCCUAUUCGAUCUACAGGAUUAGGAUCAGAGCUUGGAACUAUGAACUAGCAGGGGAGUAUGGUCCAGCGAUUUGGGCACAGACAGAUGAAUCAAAGCCAGCGCCACCAAUCGGAGUAAAUCUGCCAUCUUCCGACCAGGAGAGCAUCACAGUAGAAUGGAUGUCACCCAACCCUCCUCUGGGCAGGAUAAUAGGUUACUACAUUCUCUACUGGGAGGCGGAUGAUGUUGGUGCCACUCCUCAGACCUUCGGCAUCGAGUGUCGGGACGGGCUGUGCUCUGACAUUAACUACAGGUUUUCCACAAUUAUUCCCCAUCUCCAGCGGGACACAAAUUAUUCCGUUCAGGUCAUGGCGGAAACCAUUUUAGGUUUUGGUAGCCCAAGCCCGGACCCACCCGUUGUCAGGAUUACAUCAGAAGGAAUUCCUAGUGAGCCCCAGGAGGUGGCUGUUUCCAGCAGAUCAAAAUCUUUGCUGAUUACCUGGAAGGAGCCGAGGUACCCCCGUGGAAAAAUAUCAUAUACGCUGGCUUACAAAGUAAAAGGAAAGCCAUACGACAGAUCAUUCCAGCCAGAAGAAUCGUUUACAAUGAAAGAGGUAGCGGGAGCCUCUUCGAGCUUUGUGCUUGGUGAUCUGGAACCAGCUACACUCUAUGAGGUCUACGUGGUAGCGUCCACAAGCAAAGGAGAGGGGGAGUCUAGUCAGCAUGUUGAAGAAUUUACGGAACCUCCUGCAGCUGACGAGCUUCCAAAGCCCAACCCACCAGUGAUAGUGUCUUCACCUAACGGUUCGCCUACCAUUCAGUUUAGCGAUGUGCUUGAAUCUCCAUAUAUAACGCACAUACUUGUUGCUGUUGAAGAGAGAAUUCCGGUAACAAGGCGCCGACGUCAACAGGCAGCGUAUGGAUCCUAUGCCGAGAAUCCCUCCUCAUACAUAGCAGCUAACAUCAGCAAAGAUGAUCUUCCGAUAGAGCUAACUAUAGGGGAUAACGAGACUUAUGGACAUUACCACAAUGCACCCCUCAGAGAGAAGGCGAUAUAUGAUGUACGAACAGGUGUUGAGAGCAACGUUGGAGGACAGAAAUCCACCCUUUUCGGAGAUCCAUCUGAAGUACAGCCAGUUGGAGUCCCUUCAGGUUCCAUAGCAAGCAUCGUAGGAAGCGCUGUUGGUGCUAUUCUUGUGAUUGUUAUCGUUAUAAUUGUCAUCAUCAUCUUUUACAAGCGAAGAAGCGAUGAAUCAGCCCCUACUAGGUCUAAAGGGAAGGAGUCCGAUUCGUCUGCGCAGUAUGAGAACCCUGUAUUUGAUCCGUCAAAGACAGACGUCCAUACCUACCAGGAUCUGCACACUGAUAUUCAUAACUACCAAGAUGUUAAUACCGAUGCUAAGAGCUACGGUAAUCUUGCUGACCCUCAGACCGACCAAAAUCUAAAGGAACCUGAUCAAGAAGCUAUAUACGAAGACAUAAAUACAGAAUAUGUCAACGUGCUCAAGAAGAAUUGAAUACAUUAGAAAAAGGAAGAUCCAAGUCAAUCGCAAUGAUUUUGAGUUCUCAAGAAUUUAAAAGACUUAAGAGGGAUAACAUAUUUUCAGUCUUAAUUUAUUACAAAUAUAUUUUCAUUUUUCAAUCAUUUCAUCAAGAAGCAACCAUACUGUAAAUCUAAUCGCAAAAUAUUAAAGUUCAUCUUAAUAGCUGAAAAAAAUCAUUCUGAUGGACUUGGGCGUUUUUUCUCAUGUAUCCAAUUAGAAUACCAUGACGAAUAGUUGUCAAAAACUAUCAUGGCUUUCUUUCCUUCAUCCUGUGCUUCUCUUUCUCUGUUUACCUUGUCUACUCGCGUUAUUCCCAAAUCUUUUGAUAUCGGCGAUCCCUUGAAAUGUUCUUUUUUUAAUAACAUGAUUCGCACAAGUUUGAAAAAUUUGGGUAAAAACAGUUGUAGAUCUUAGGUCACACUCUACAUGAAAGUCAAGGUAUGGGAUGAGUUUAUUUAAAUGUACACAUAUAUAUAUAUAUAUAUAUGUACUUAUCCCCGUUCAUUGAAGUUUGUUUUUUACUAUCAUUUUCUGAAUAAUGUGAAUGUAUAGGAACGCAUGAAUCUUACAUCAUGGAGCAAGAAAGAUAUUUCUAUUUCUGAUUUGUUUUCCGCCCUUCUCUAUCAUGUGCUGAGGUUUCUGAUGAAAACGAUUUCAGGAAAUAACAGAUAUGUUUUUGAAUUAUUCAAUGCAGGUACAAGUAUAAAGGAAAACGUAUUGAAUCAUGUAUAUACACGUAAAAUACGAAGGCAUGUUCCAUCAUGUAAAUCGUGUUUUGAGGUAUCAGUAGGACAAUGCAAUAUUCCGCUGUACUUGUUGUCUGCAUGGGAGUACUAGUGUUGAUGCCUGCUAUUUCUAGUGUAAAGCAUUAUUACCCCACUGUUUGACAAUAAUGAAUACAUUAUCAAUCAUUAUUAUUGUACUUAUUCUUAUCAUUAUUAUCAUUAGGCCUAUUAUUAUCAUAAUUAUUAUCAUUAUUGUUAUCAUCGUUAUCAUUAUCAUUAUUAUUAUUAUUUCUACUUCUCCUAAACGGUGGAAUUCAAUUUGAUAAAUAGGUCAACGAUAAUGUGAUAGAAUGUAAACGAUGAAAAACGAAAAUAUAAGUUGUAAAUAUAAACAUAAACUACGCAUCAUAACAUGUUAUGUGAAAGCUUUGUGUCAUGUAAUGGUGGGUGUUUAGGAAAAAAAUUGUAGAUAGUAGAAUUAGAAGUUAAUUAGUAGAGUUAGAUAAUGCAAUCCAAAUCAAAAUGUUUAUAUUUCCAUAUGAGCAGGAAAUGUGUAGGCAAAUAUUAAAUGUGAAUACUGAUAACUAAACGUAUAGAACACACAAUAUGUAUACCUUAAAGAAGUUUUAAUAAUAAAGAAUACAACAAAAGAUA